GGUCAAGCAUACUGUAUUGAGCUUACGACGAAAGGAUGGCGUGUCACUUCUCUGCGACAUGACUGCAUGAACGGUGACAUCAGCCACUUGAAUCUGCACACUCGAUACUUUGAAACCGUCUAUGCAUUGAUGGACUACGUUUCGCCUUGCUAUCGACGACGAUUUACCGAUACAUUAUCUGAUCGCUUGAAGCAGUUGCAGUGCAGUGACUCUGUCGGAUGCAACAGCAUUGGAGAAGACUCAUUAGAUCCUGAAAAGAAUGGUCUAGAAAUGCGAUAUCCCUUUUUUGCCUUUGGAGGGCAAGACAACGGCGUUACUUCUCAGUCGCCGUCUCAUCUGCUCUGUUCGGACACGGAUGCUAUUUUAGUGGAGUCCGCUCCGAUCGUUGUCAAUGUUUGUCAAGCAUCCCGGCUCAUGACGUCUGGUAGCCACAUAUUCACCAGUACCCCCGCGAACGAUGCCGUUUCAUUCAGUUACCCGGAAGUAAAUUAA